UCGUCGUCAGUCGGUCUUCCUAGAGAGGCUCUUAAGCUCGUUUCGCGCUCAUAUUUAAUGAUUCAUCUCCCGCCACGACGACUAUAUAAGCUCUCAGAAGCGGUAUCACUCACUCUCGCAGCAAUCACUCGCAGCUCUCGAAAUCCCUAGAAGUUCUUCUUCUUCUUCUUCUUCAUCUUCAUCUUCAUCCCCCAAAUGCUGCAGCAACCGCCAUGGAUGAAGCUCCGGCGAAGUGGAACGUCACCUUCACGAAGCACCUCAAGCAGAAGCGCAAGGUCUACCGCGACGGCUUCCUCUCUCUCCACUCCUCCGCCGGCAAGGUAAUGCUGUAUGAUGACAGCGAGCAGCUGUUGGAAUGCAGGAUUUUGAAGAAUGAUGAAGUUGUUAGCUCCGGUGAGACACUGACGUUCAACGCUUAUUUGGUUGAUGUUGGAGAGCCUGAAGGAGGGCAAAAGCCUCCCGAUGAUACUUACACUCGCAGCCGAGAAAAUAAAGUUCUUAAGCAAACAAAUUUGCUUCACAGAAAGAAGUUCGUCAACAUAUCUGAUUGCGCCGGAGAUGAGAAGACCAAAGUGGAGAAGGAUAAACAGCAGGCAAUCGGCCUAAGCCCAUCGCAGAAAAUUAUUAGAGAAUUCAAGAAGAAUGAAAUGAACAAGUACGGUAUAUUGCAGGCGAGUCCGAACUCAAGGACUUCGAGUAUGGCAGAUUGGCACACCUUGUAUACAACACACUUAACUCAAAAGUCGAAGAAAUAUCAUGAUGGCUUCUUACGUUGUAUGAGCAGUGGAUCUAUGACUAGGCAGGUUUUCUUGUAUGAUAUGAGCUGGAAACUUUUAGAUAGUAGGUUCCUGAACAAAGCUGAAGAAGUAAGCCCUGGGGAGAUGAUGGAAUUUCCUGGUCAUUUGGUUGAAGUUGGCAACAGUGAAGCAAACCAUGAAUCUUUAAGGGAUCUUAAUGCAUGUGGAAACAGCAUCAAUUCUCUUCACAAAUUAAAUAUGCAAAAGCAGCAGCAUAAUGUUACUACCGUUAAAUCUGCUGUAAAAAGUACUCUUUCAGAAGAAAAAAAUGGUCAGAUGCAUCAGAAUGGGGCAAAGGAGAGCAUAUUUGAUGCUGGAAACUCAAGUGUAACAGAAUGGCAGGUUUUGUACACGACACAAGUAACUCAAAAGGCCAAGAAAUACCAUGAUGGUUUUUUGCAGCUUGAAGUUCGCGGAUCCCUAGGGAGGCAGGUCACACUGUAUGAUGCUAGCAGGAAAGUCUUGGUGAAUAAAUUUCUUAGGAAAGACGAAGUGCUGGGAACUGGAAAAUCACUGGUAUUCGAUUCUCACUUAGUUGAUAUUGAGGAACAUGUAGUAGAAGAAAAGGUGCCGAUGGGUUUGAAUGAUCGUGAACCAUGUUGCGCCGCUGGAGAGAUGUGGAAAGGCCAUGGGGAGGGGAAUGGUGUUAAAGUUGAUCAAUCCAUCCUGGGAGUACUCUGGGGAAAACAUGGAGACAAAACUCCAGGGAAGGUCCAUCCAGCGAGAGAAUUAGAUUCAAACAGUGGAAUAUCUGGUAUGAAAAGCACAGAUUGCAUCAAGAGAGUUCCCGAGACCAAGCCUCUACGUAAUGCCUAUCAAAUAUUAUCUGUCCUCCGAAAACCAUUAGAUCAAGUUGCCAUUGCGGAAAAUUCACGUGAGAGGGAGGCAACUUUUGCUUCACUAACAAAGGAGCUUCAGCAUUCAAAUAAUUCUUAUGAUGGUGCUCAAAGACAAAGAGCGCCAGCUGCUAAACUAGCUUCAGUGGAGAAUGUGGACACUGGAAAUUUAACUGAUACCACUGGCAAUGAAAAGUUGCCUGGUCUCAUGAAGUCUAAAGACUCGGCCUCUGAUUUCAAUGAAUUUUACUCUACGGUGGACUUUGGAAUUGGCCACUCACAGCCUUCUCACGAGCCAGCUGACCCCAAAUGCUGUGGCAACAAUCUAGCUUCAGAAGCUUCUCUUUCAUGCGGUUCUCAUGGUGAUGCUGAUGAUGAAAAGACAACCCCCGAAGGAGAUAGGGAUCCAUUGAAAGUGAAGGCCGAGUGUCCAAGUUUUGAUCUUGGAUUUUGAACCAUGAUCAUUGCUCAGUCAACUAUAUUGCUACUGUCAAGAAUCUGGAUGGAGUGCUCAAGAAUCUCGUGCCUAUCACACGUGAAAUAUGUACAGUCGAGCUCUGGUUU